GCGAGCGGACGGUCGGGGAGCCAGGGGGGCGGGCACGCGAAGAAAAGGGGGAACGGCGAGGGAGAGGACGUGAAUGUCGACAAAUUGAGGUCGGGAGAGGACUCGCGGACGUGCGUGAUGCUGCGGAACCUGCCGAACCGGUACCACAUGGAGAACCUGCACAAUAUGCUGUACGAGGCGGUGGGCGAUCACUACAACAUCGUGAGUUUGCCGUUGGAUUCGGACACGCACCGAAACCUGGGGUACUGUUUUGUGAAGUUUAGGUCGGUGGAUGAUUUGAUUCGCGCGUAUGAACACAUGCAGGGGAGAUCCUGGCCCUAUUCAGAAAGCUUCAAGACGUGCCGUUUUUGCUAUGCGAAAAUCCAAAGGGAAAGUUCGACCUCUAAGUCCCAGUUGCGCUCUAAAAAACGGGUGGCUACUUAUACAGUCCCUUUUGAGACUGCUAGCGAAUCGUUUUAUUGAAACUAUUUACUUCAUGGUUUGUUUUGCCCAGUAGUAGUA